AAUGCCACCACGCCCAUUCGUGAACGACGCGCUGUGGCGAUGUCUGUGUCCAGGCUUUCCCUCCAAUGCGUCUACCCUGACUCCCGCUCGCGCAGGAGCCGAUGCAAUACUUCGCAAUGCGCCGCGACGACGUGAUACCCCACGACGCUCAAAACACCAAUUGCGCACAUACAACACCACCCCGCUAUCCAAAGAAUCCUUCUUCUCCCAGAAAGGAGUUCAGCCAUUCUCCUUCGACCCGUCCACGACUGCAUCUCCCAAAGGCAAGCCAUCGCUUGUGCAUCUCCCGACCCCACAUCUUUACGAACACCUCCGCGCGGAGGGCGCAAAAGGACAUUAUGAGGAAGUUAUGAAGAUUAACAGCAUCUUGGUCAAGGACAGGCGGGAGAAGCCAAACAAAGAGAUGUACACUGCGAUACUGCAUAGUUUUGUGAGCUCGGACAACGGCACGGCGGGCAAGGUGCGGAAGGUGCUUGAAGAGAUGGGGUUUUGGAGCGAGACCAGCGACGCUUUGGGCGGGAUGGGGAAGGUCGAGCUGGAUGCUAGGGGCUGCGAGUGCGUGCUGGAAGCCCUGGCUGUGCAUCCCGACUACCUCCUGCGCACCGAGAUUUUGGAGUAUAUGAAGGCGAGGUGGUUCACGCUGUCUGAUCGUGGGCAUGGCUUUGUCGUUGCCGGACUGCUCCGGGAGAGGAACUUUGAACAGGCGCUUGAGACGCUGGAGGAUAUGAUCAAGAAGAAGACUAGGAUUGAAGACUGGCUUUUCGACAAGGCCAUCUGGAUGCUGCUUGAGUUCGGCGAAGUGGAGGAAGCGUUCUAUGUGCUCAGUCUGCGCGCUGACAUGGUGGGAGGGAUCAACGUGGUGAAAAUGGAUAACGCGCUCUGGGGCGCCCUCCUCGACGCAGCAGGGCAGAAACAACUCCACGACGCCGCAAACCUAAUCUGGACCACACGCGUCCAACCCAACCACCUCGCCCCCCCAACAAACACCUGCAUGCACGUCCUCACCCUCGCCUCGCGCGCCGGCAACGUACCCCUAGCAACCGACGUCUUCCGCCUCCUCACCGCCCGCAACACAACCUUCACAACGCACCACUACGAGCCCCUAAUCGCCACCUACCUCGCAGCCGACGACCUCCCCGCCGCCCUCUCCGUAAUCCUCAUCAUGCUCUCCGCCGGCGUAAAAGUAGAAUCCGCAACCUGCCACGCCCUGUACUGGUACCUGCACGCCGUCCCCACACGGCCCAUACUCGCUUUCACACAGCUCAUGGACCUCGAAGCGCAGGGCCGCAGGGUACCUACUAGCGCCGUCAACGCGUGUAUUCAAGCUAGCAUCGCGCAUAAGAAUUUCCCAGAGGCGCUGCAGAUUUAUAAAUCCCUGCAUGGUGUUGCGCACGCGGGGCCUGAUACCGCGACGUUUAAUAUCCUGUUCCAUGGGUGUCGCGUCGCGGCGAGGAAGGAGGUCGCUAUGUUUCUUGUGGAGGAGAUGAUGCAGAUUGGUGUUAAGCCGGAUCGGUUGACGUAUGAUCGGUUGAUUUUGGUUUGUCUGCAGGCGGAUGAUUUGGAGGAUGCGUUGCUUUAUUAUGAGGAGAUGCGGAGUUGUGGACGUGGUGGGGGGACGGGCGCGAAUAAAAGUGAGCCCACAGUUGCUGCACAACAACAAGAUGGGCCAGCCAGUCUUCAGGAUAGCACCUGGACCCCCGCCAUGCGGCCCCGGCGCGGCACUUGGUCCGAUCUCAUCGCCAAGUGCAUUCAGAAGGGCGAUGUGCGCGGGGUGGCUGUUUUUCGCGAUUUGACGCGUGCGGGGGAGACGUUGCCGAAGAGUGUGGAGAGGAGGCUUGCUGAGCGGUUUGAUGAGGGGGGGUUGGCUGGGGAGUGGGGUGGGGAGGGGGAGGGGGAAGGUGAACUGGGGGGUGUGGUGGGGGGGAGGGCGUAG